ACGUAUCGAGGCGAAACGUUGGACGUGGCCCUGAUGAACAUCACCAUGUACGACCAGGCCGGGGCCGAGGGCGUGCCGGACUCCGACUGCCUGCGGGACUGCUCGCGCUGCCGCCCGCUGAAGGAGGACAAGAAGUACGCUCACCUGAGCGGUGACGUGCUGGUUAACGGGCUCUUCCCUGUACACGGCGCGGGGGACACGACGUUUGUCUGCGGCGACAUCAACAAGGAGAAGGGGAUACAGACCCUGGAGGCUUUUCUUUACGCCAUAAGACGGAUCAACCAAGACGCUAAUCUUCUACCGUCAGUGAGUCUGGGCACACUGGCUUUACGACACCAUAUUGAUAUACAUAUCUCGGGGCGGGUCAUUGACCAUAAAGUGUUCCCUCCUUCCCAGGUGUUAGACACGUGCUACAGCCCGAUCCAGGCCGGCCAGGACGUGUCCAACCUACAGAGCAGGGUGGUGACGUAUGGAGUUCCUGAUGUCGAUGUCUAUGACAUCAUAGGAUACGUGGGCGCACUUUCUAGUGACGUCACUGUGGAUGUGGCCGAUGUGCUGACUUCUUUGGGGAUUCCGCAGAUAAGCUGGGGAUCCACCAGCACGUUGCUUAGCAACGCAGACGACUAUCCGUUCUUCCUGCGGACGGUUCCAUCUGAUGACCUCCAGGGGGAGGCCAUCGCUGCACUUGUCGACUACUUCGACUGGAACUACGUGGCGAUUGUGUCUUCUGACACGGUGUACGGUCGCUCAGGGAUCACAGCAUUCAGACAAGCGGCAGACAACUACGAUAUCUGCGUCUCCUUUUCCCACGUGGUGCCCAGAGACGCGACGGACGAGCAGCUCGAAGCCAUCAUCACGGCGCUGCGCGAAAACACCCGAGCGAGGGCCGUCGUCAGCUUCGUGACGGACUCGGAUGCACGAGCUCUUCUUCAGGCGGCUACCAGACUGAACGCCCGUGGAGAGUUGAUCUGGAUCGGUAGUGACUCGUGGGGAAACCAGGUUAGCGUGGUGGACGGGCUGGACAACGCCGCACGGGGAUCCCUCACCAUUACACUGGAGAACAACCCUGUCGCUGGGUUUGAGGAUUACUUCAAGGCAUUGACCCCGGACAGUAACAGCGACAACCCCUGGUUCCAGGAAUUCUGGGAGGACCAUUUCGGCUGCAACCUGCCCGGCGGCACCAAGUACGCGGACAACUGUUCUCCCUCCCACUCCCUAACACAGGGCUUUCAGCAGGCCAGCUUCGUGCCACAGGUGAUGAACGCAGUGUACGCCUUCGCGCACGGACUGGACGUGUUGCUACGGGAGCACUGCAGCGGGGCACAGGGGGUCUGCUCACAGCUCACCGCCAACCAGAACUUCAAGCAACUUCUUUUAGAGAAGAUAAAGGAACAGCGGUUUACGGGAGCGGACGGACAGCCGGUCCAAUUUAACGACGACGGGAGCGUUACGAUGGGCUUCACUAUCUGGAACUACGUCCGGGUCAGACCUGGCGUGUACGAGUACAAAGACGCCAUGAUUGAAACAUGA